AUGAAGCAUAAACCUGAAACGGCGGCGUUUAGCUUGAUUCGGCCUCUCGAAGCUUGGGCUGCAAAUGCAAACAAAGCCUGUAAUACUAAGAAGAUGCUACCUUGUCUGGGUAGAAAAUGGAUGAGAUUGUCAACGAGGAAUCUAAAACCAACUUGGAACUUGAUAAACGUCGUUGACGCAAGUAAAACAAUUGUGAGAGGAAUAAGCGGUGGAGCUGAAACGAUAGCUAAAGAGAGAGUUGACACCGUAGUGAUCGGUGCCGGAGUCGUAGGUUUAGCGGUGGCGCGUGAGCUCAGUCUCCGCGGCAGAGAAGUUCUGAUCCUCGACGCCGCAUCAUCGUUCGGCACCGUGACGAGUUCCCGCAACAGUGAAGUCGUCCACGCCGGAAUCUAUUAUCCACCAAACUCUCUAAAGGCCAAGUUUUGUGUAAGAGGGAGGGAAUUGCUGUAUAAAUACUGCUCUGAAUAUGAAAUCCCUCAUAAGAAGAUUGGUAAGCUUAUCGUUGCUACGGGAUCCUCUGAGAUACCGAAACUAGAUCUAUUGAUGCAUCUUGGAACUCAGAAUAGAGUCUCGGGUCUAAGGAUGUUGGAAGGUUUUGAAGCUAUGAGAAUGGAGCCACAGCUUCGUUGUGUUAAAGCUUUGCUAUCUCCUGAAUCUGGCAUUCUUGAUACACAUUCCUUCAUGCUAUCUUUAGUGGGAGAAGCACAGAACAACCACGCAACUUUCUCGUACAACACGGUGGUUUUAAACGGUCGUGUUGAAGAAAAGAAGAUGCAUUUGUAUGUUGCUGAUACCAGAUUUUCUGAAUCUCGGUGUGAGGCAGAAGCACAGCUUGAGCUUAUCCCUAAUCUUGUUGUUAACUCUGCGGGAUUAGGUGCUCAAGCUCUAGCAAAGAGACUACAUGGCUUAGAUCAUCGAUUUGUUCCUUCGUCUCACUAUGCUCGUGGAUGCUACUUUACACUAUCGGGCAUAAAGGCUCCACCUUUUAAUAAACUUGUGUAUCCUAUACCUGAGGAAGGAGGUCUCGGUGUCCAUGUCACUGUAGAUUUGAACGGACUUGUUAAGUUUGGACCUGAUGUAGAAUGGAUUGAAUGCACAGAUGAUACAUCAAGCUUCCUCAACAAGUUUGAUUAUCGUGUAAACCCACAACGAUCAGAGAAAUUCUACCCAGAGAUCAGAAAGUACUAUCCGGAUCUCAAAGAUGGAUCAUUGGAACCGGGUUAUUCAGGCAUCCGUCCUAAGCUUUCCGGGCCAAAACAGUCUCCUGCAGAUUUUGUCAUACAGGGAGAGGAGACUCAUGGAGUUCCUGGUCUUGUUAAUCUCUUUGGCAUCGAAUCACCUGGUUUAACUUCAAGCUUGGCUAUUGCAGAACAUAUAGCAAACAAAUUCUUGAGAUGAAUUUGAGUUAAAAGUUUACAUUUAAGAACAAAAGUGGCCUACAAGAAGAAGGCUUUGCAGAGUUAAACAAUUUUCCUUUCAGUGUGAUCCAUUUAGACUUUGUCUAUAACUCUUUACACUUUGCAAUCAAAUGCUAUAAGAAUAAUAAACACAAGUUCCUUCUGUUCAA